ACUUGCCAGCUCCGAGUGGUCAGGUUCUGUGUGGUAGAAAUGGGCCGCUGCCCUUGGAGCGGAGUUUUGCCGUACCUGGUUCCACGCCUGCCUGCUCCGAUUCUGGGUGCACUCCCGGGACAUAUGCCCCCACUGCCGGCAGGUAUGGCAUUGUAUGUUGGCCCUGUAUGUUGGCCAUUGUAUGUUGGUUAGCGUGAUGGCGGUGGGGGGUUUCCUGGUGGUGGCCGGAAUGGAGUAGCGUUGGCGGGUGUGGAGAUGGCUGGGUGGUGUGGUACAGCUGGUCUCACGGGAGCCCUGUUGAGAAGCCCAUGAUGCCUUCUGGCGUCAAAAUGCUGAUCCGCCAACCGGGCGGCUUCGGUUAGGGUGAGGGGUUUCCUGUCCCUUACCCAUUCUUGUGCCUCGGGUGACAGUCCGUUAAAAAAUUGCUCCAGCAGGAUGAGUUGGCGCAGUUCCUCCAUUGUGGUAGCUUGGCUCGCCUGAAUCCAUCCUUGCGACGCUUGGUCGAGCUUAUGUGCCCACUCAGCGUGGGAAUCUUUCUCGGGCUUCCUCAAUCCUCGAAAUUUACGCCGGUAUACCUCCGGGGUUAUGGCAUACCUCUCCAGAAUUGCCCUCUUAACUUUAAAAUAGUCCUUGCUAUCUUCUCUGGGCACAGCGCGAUACGCCUCGGCUGCUCGUCCUGCCAACUUGCCUGCCAGUAGGGGUACCCACAUAGCCUGUUCUAGAUCGUGUAGGUCGCACAACCGCUCAAAAUCCUGCAGGUAUCCGUCAAUCUCAUCUUUCUCCUCGCAGAAUGCUUUAAAUGCCUGGUAAGGUAUUUUCUGCUUCACUGGAGCGCAGAAUGAAUUGGCGAUGGAUUCUGCCCUGGAUGGUGACCUCUGGUGUUGCUGUGCCAUAAUAUAAUCCUGGACGUCCGCCAUCAGUACGGUUAAGAUGUCCAGGGUUACUGGCUGUGGUACAAAUUCCAGCCGGGUUCUCAGUUCCCUCUGGUAUGGUGUUUCCUCUCUGGCAGGUGGGGGUGGACUGCUGUGCGCUUGGUCGCCCUCCAUUAGCUCUGCAAUCAGUACUGCUUUCGAUUUAUUGCUAGCGCUUUUCCCUCUAGCCUCCAGCAGCUCCUUUAGCGUCUGUCUCUUUAACGCCGUGUAAUCAGUCCCCAUUCACUGAUCGCUUUCGUCUGCUUGUUUCAUACGAAUUGCCUUUCCGUUCGGUUGUUCCUUUCAUUCGAAUGCGCUGUAUUCGGCUGUAGAGUUGGAUCCCGUCGCUUGCCACCAAUUGUAGCGGAACGCCAAUAAUAAAUCCACGAAUUCCGCUGGUCCAGAAACGAAUCCACAGUCAAGCGCUGAAAACAACAAGGCAAUAUCCCCAAACUCCCAAUAACCGGACGAGACACAGUUUUGGGAGUCAACUUACAACCUUUUAAUCAGCAGGACAAUUUAUACAAGUCCCCAUGCAAGGGGUUUCCUGAGUCCCUCCCCAGGGGCACUCCCAGAGGGGACUACAUGGGGGACUUACAGUACAGCAUAUUUCUCCCAUCAGGCACUGCUGCACGAGAGGGAUCAUCUUCCCAGAAUGCACCGUUAAGGGGAUUAUCCCCUCUUGCAGCAGAACCGACAAUUCAUAUAAAAAUCCAUAACUUGAUGAAUAUACAGUGGAUUUACACGAAUGGACGUUCGGUAGAUAGCUGGGGUCUGAGGGUAUCAUUCGUGAGAUUACCGCUCAGAUCCCAGCUAAAAUAACCGAACGCCGCACGAACAACACAAUUCGUAUAAAAUAUAUAAAAAGAACCGAUUGCUUUUAGGGAACAAAAUACCGAAUGUCCCGAAACUCCCGAACGCCCUGGAGGUUCAGCGGGGCUCAUGCCGUCGAGUAGCCGUUUUUAGUACCAGGCGCUCGACGACAUAACCCCGCUGAGGAACAAAGGAUCCAAGAUGGCCGACCGCCGCAUGGUCGGUAGUCGAACGACGGCCACCCAGGAGAGCCUCUAAUUACCGAUUGCAACAAUGUUGCAAUUGGUUAACUAGCGCCACACGCCUCUAAGUGUGUGGGCUAUUAGGGGGUAUCGCGUUCGUUUCACGAACGGCCCUCCAAAGUGCCGUUCGUGAAACGAACGGUAAUCCCCAUACAAACCGCCAUUGGCAUUCGGCUAAACCGGUAAUUACAGUCUCUGCAGAAAAUACAUCAAGCACAUACAUAAGAAUAAAGCGCAUAUCUCCCCAGACCUGUAGGCAACCCUUAAAGGCACAGUCUCUAGUUAUAGUUCAAGUGGCUAGGUUUGCCACAGGAGAUAUUGCCAUUUUCUGCAACAACUGGGAGUUUCUGCAGCUCAGAUGAAGAUUGAUUGUGAGUAAAUAGUUAGAAAGACCACACAGGUGUAAAGUUAAAGGGCAAUGUGUCAGGAUUUUUAUAGGUGGUGCUGAACGAAAUGGCGCCCAAUAGUGGCACAAUCUUAAUGUGCUCUAAUUUCCAACAUGAAGUCGUGACAAAAGUAGGGAGUUUACGCUACUUGUGCUGUUUCUGAACUUCCACGUUGCUCUGGUGCUAUUUGCCGAAAAUUCCUCUAAUAAUCUCCACCAAACUGUGCGUGGCAGAGUCUCAAUUUCAGAAGCCAAAUGUGCUGUGUGAAGUAUAAAACCAGUGCAAAGGAUUUUAUAAAUAUAACAGCCAAUGCACCUCUUCUCACUUUCCUGACACUUGCGGCUGCCGCUCCCUGGACAAAAUCACCCUCUAUGAGUCCACGACAAAUGAAAAAAUGUUGGAGUCAGAAACGAACCAGACCAGUACCCAUAAACUAAACAUUAAAUAUAGGUAUAUAAUGACACUGCGGAAGUCAACAGAAGAAAAGAAAAUCUCAGCAUUAACAGUUCAGUGUGUUUAUGUGAAUUUUAUUUCAAACAAUGACAUGAAUAUAGGUGUUGUAUCAAAUCACAGUGCCAUAUAUCCUCCGUCACCUUACGUGGGUCUAUAUACCGCCCACUCCAAUUUCUCCAUUGCCAGCAAUUGCAUCCCUUUACUUUCAAAUUGACCUGCACCCACAUACGCACUUUUCCCCACCUUCCACACUGCUACAGCUUUACGAAGUUGCGACCAACUCAGUGUCCCUACCGGCCCGCAGCUUCCAGUCAUCAUGAGCCGCAAGGGCUGUAGCAGGUCUUUGCGUGUAACAAACUCAGAUCUCAGUACGUGCUGUCUUGUGCUCCACAUAAGUUAAAAUCAUUCCCUCUAGUUGAGAAGUUUGCAAUCAAUAAAUGUUCAUUAGCAGUAUAAAAACUAGGAAUUCUUAUCCUUGUAAAGGAUCACUAUUAGCUUAAGGUUUACAGUCCCUUAGCAGUAUAAAAGGAUCUUUGUGAGCUGGAGCUAUAAAGGUCCUUUUGCCGGAUAGGAACUAGAUUUCUCACUGUGAACCGUCUAGUUCCUAUCCCUGUAAGGGACCUGUGUUAGCUGGAGCUAUAAAGGUCCUUUAACAGGAUAGGAACUAGAUUUCUUACAGUGAACCGUCUAGUUCCUAUCCCUGUAAGGGACCUGUGUGAGCUGGAGCUAUAAAGGUCCUUUAACAGGAUAGGAACUAGAUUUCUCACUGUGAGCCGUCUAGUUCCUAUCCCUGUAAGGGACCUGUGUGAAUUGGAGCUAUAAAGGUCCUUUAACAGGAUAGGAACUAGAUUUCUUACUGUGAACCAUCUAGUUCCUAUCCCUGUAAGGGACCUGUGUGAGCUGGAGCUAUAAAGGUCCUUUAACAGGAUAGGAACUAGAUUUCUCACAGUGAGCCUUCUAGUUCCUAUCCCUGUAAGGGACCUGUGUGAGUUGGAGCUAUAAAGGUCCUUCUGCUGGAUAGGAACUAGAUUUCUCACUGUGAGCCGUCUAGUUCCAAUACAUGUAAGGGACCUGUGUGAGCUGGAGCUAUAAAGGUCCUUCUGCUGGAUAGGAACUAGAUUUCUCACUGUGAACCAUCUAGUUCCUAUCCCU